AUGGCCUCUGGCCAGAGAGACAUGAAGAACCAGUGGGAGCAGAGAGAUCGUUCAGAUGAGAGGAACCAGAGGGACCAGAGAGACCAGAGGGACCAGAGAGACCUGAGGGACCAGAGAGACCUGAAGGACCAGAGAGACCUGAAGGACCAGAGGGACCAGAGAGAGCAGAUGGUCUCUGUGGAGAUCCCCCUGAGCGGCUCGUGCUUGCGUGCCUUCCGCAGAUCUUCCAGAUCUUCCACGGCGCUCGUAGACCUGCUGCUCUCCCGCUUCCACUGCCACGCCGUCCUUCUCGGCUCAGACUCGGAUUCGGACCCAGAUCCGACUCGGCGUCCUCCCCGGCCUCACCUCCCUCCAGAGAAGCGCUGCGAGGUCCUCCUGCCGGGCGGAGUCCAGCUGUCCGUGUGGAAGGCAGAUCUGGCCAACUUCAGUUCGGCGGCGGUGGUGAACGCGGCUAACUCGCGGCUGCAGCACGUUGGAGGAUUGGCACGUGCUCUGUCCGACGCCGGAGGUCCGGAAGUUCAAACGCUGAGCGACAGACACCUCAGGACCAACGGGGAGCUGAAGACCGGAGACGCCGUGGCUUUGGGAGCUGGGAGACUGCGGUGCAAGGUUCUCAUCCACGCGGUGGGACCACAGCUUCCUCACAAACCAAACCAUCACGAAGAGUCCGCCGCAAAGACUCUGUUGGAGAAGACCAUCCGGAGCGUGCUGCAGAUUGUGGAGACAGACCGCCUGGAGACCGUGGCGAUCCCGGCCAUCAGCUCCGGUAUCUUCAACUAUCCGGUGGCGGAGUGUGCCGAGGUUAUUGUCAGCACCGUGAAGAAGUUUUACAGCAGCAGCAGCAGCAAAAGGUUCAAGCCCAAAGAGGUUCUGCUCGUGAACAUCGACGAGCCCACGGUGAAGGAGAUGGAGAGAGCCUUCCUGAAGAGCUUUGGGGCCUCCGGGGACCAGAGCAAGGACCAUAGCAAGGACCAGAGUAAAGACCAGAGCAAGUACCAGAGCAAGGACCAGAGUAAAGACCAGAGGAAGGACCAGAGCAAGUACCAUAGCAAGGACCAGAGUAAAGACCAGAGCAAGUACCAGAGCAAGGACCAGAGCAAGUACCAGAGCAAGUACCAGACCAGAGGGGCCAAAGCAGAGAGCAGAGGGCCCACAGAGACUGCCCCUCCACAGAUCUUCUUCGGAGGAGUGCGUGUACUGCUGAGGAAGGGCCGUCUGGAGGAGCAGAAGGUGGAUGUGAUCGUGAACACCAUAGGAUUGGACAAAAACCUGAACAUGGGUUUAGUGUCUGGGGCGUUACUGAAGAAAGCAGGCCACAACUUGCAGAUGGAGGUCUACAGCACCCCCCCCUUCUCCUCUGUGUCUGUGGUCAUUACAGGAGGCCAUAAACUGGACUGCAAACAAGUUUACCACAUCUGCUGCCCAUUCAAAUCCAUGACUGGAUCUGACCAGAUGAUGUACCGAAGUGUUCAGGAUUGUCUCAGGUACGCUGUCUCCUACCAGCACCGCUCUGUUGCGUUCCCCGCCAUUGGCACGGGGAACUUGGGCUUCAGUGACCAGGAGGCAGCACGCAUCAUGCUCUACGCCGUCAGAGACUUCAGCCAAUCACAGCAGCCCAUAAACGUGCACUUCAUCAUAUUCCCCUCGGACACUGAGAGGUUCAAGGUGGUGUAUGCAUCUAAAGACCCAGUGUGGGAGGAGGGCUUCACCUUCUUUGUGCACAACGUCCAGACACAACAGCUGCAUGUGCAGGUGAAGGAGCCAGAGAAGAAGAGUCCUCUGGGAGCCCUGACUCUUCCUCUCAGUCGUCUGCUGAACAUUUCUGACAUGGUUCUGGACCAGCGCUUCCUGCUGGAGAGAUCUGGAGCUACAAGUCAGAUCAAACUGAAGGCCACGCUCCGGAUUCUGACCGAAGACAAACCUCCUCCAAAGAUCCAGGUGACUCAACCGUCGUUCAGCGAGAGCCCCCCUGCUGGCCCCGCCCCUCAGACCUCUGGCCCCUCCCCUCCUCUGCAGAGCUCCACCCCUCUGGUCCGUAGCUCCGCCUCCUCGUCCGCGGUCCAGAACCCGGAUCCAGGUGCGAACCCUCCAGGACAGAGCUCAGGCCUGGGACCUCAGCGGCUGCAGUCGCCCUCCUCCUCCAGCAUGAGGCGCUAUGACUCCCAGAGUCUACUGUCUGACAACUCUAUCGCAUCAUCACGGUUCGACCUGACCGAGGGAGCCAACUAUCCUGAAGCCGUGAGGAACCACAGUGGUUCGUUUGGACAGAUCCAUCUCACAGUGAAGUACACUACACUGAGGAACAGGCUGAUCGUGCUGGUGGACGCCUGCAGAGACCUGUUUCCCUGCAGUGAGAACGGCACAGAUUCGUACGUUCGGUUUUAUCUUCUCCCGGAUCAGAGCUGGACUCACCGCAAGAGGACCACAGUGAAGAGGAGGACCCUGUGCCCUGUGUUCAACGACAAGUUUGAGUUCGACGUCUCGUAUGAAGAAGCCAAAACGAGGAAGUUGGACGUCGCUGUAAAAAAUCACAAGAUGUUUCACACACGAGAGAGAAAAGACAUCGGGAUGGUGCUGCUGGAUCUGGGUCAGCUCGACAUCCUGAAAGGCGUGACAGACUGGUUUGAGCUCACGCUGCCUGGACUGAGGAGGCCGUAA